AUGGCCCUGCUGAGAACUGAUCCUGCUGCUGUUUCUCCAGGUGUUUUUGCCAUUCAGGCGGAUAAGAAGUCUCCAGCUGUGACCAAGACGGCCAAACAAGUGGGCAUGAUCGCUGGAGGAACAGGAAUCACCCCAAUGCUGCAGCUCAUCACUGCCAUCAUGAAGGACCCGCAGGACCAAACGGUGUGUCAUCUGCUGUUCGCCAACCAGAGUGAGAAGGACAUCCUGCUGAGAGACGAACUGGACGAGAUUCAAGCCAACCAUCCAGACCGAUUCAAGCUGUGGUACACAGUGGACAGAGCGCCUGAAAACUGGGCGUACAGCCAGGGCUUCAUCAAUGAAGACAUGGUGAGGGAGCGUCUGCCCCCUCCUGGUGAUGACGCGCUCAUCCUGAUGUGUGGACCUCCACCCAUGAUCCAGUUCGCCUGCAACCCCAACUUGGACAAAGUGGGCCACUCCCCCAACCGCAGGUUCACCUUCUAGACAUCGGUCCGUUUGGAGCAAAAGAGGUUUGGAUCUUUAAGGGCUUUGUUAUUGUCUCUGUCCUGAAGGCACUAAAGCAGAGGGAUUUGCACAGUUUAUUUAUACAGCGAUAUUAUUGAUGCAAAGGAAUAGCAGCUAGGACCAAACCACAGGGGAAGAGUUGGGAAUCAUGUUGAGAUGGGAUUUUUAGUUUGGCGUUGAGACAUUUUAACAAAGUUGCUGUGGCUUUAUGGCUGUUCAUCCAGUGCCUUAAAAACCUGCAGAAUUCUGUGUUUAAGGUCAUCACUGCUUCAUUUCUCUUGAAUGCCACCAAGUUGAACAUGUCAGUUUUUUGCUAAAUGUUACCUAAAUUGUAAAUCUGGUUGCUUGUAACAUGGAGUAUAAAAAUCUGUUGCUACU